GAAAUCAACUGCAUUAUGGGAUUGUAAACAUUGGAAAGCGGAUGUAGCACGUUGUCACUGAUGAUGCUGCUUUAUAUCCCUAUUUAUCAAGCAUAAACCCACAACAACAAUGAAAAGAGUUGUGUCACGCUUAAUUUUUGAAAUAUUCUUCUAUGUCAAAAUGAGAUCUUUAAUUUUCUUCUUCAUUUCAGUUUUUACUAUUCUUAGUUUUGUUGCAGUUGAACAUUUUGCAAAGGGGGACCUGCCAAUUUUGUUAUGGUGGACCCAACAAAUAUAUCCACAUCCAAGUGACAACAUAACGCUAAUAAGAUGUGGAAACGUCAAAUGUUAUUCUACAAAGUCAAGAGGAUAUCUGGACAAUAAAAACACAAAAGGGAUCAUGUUCUAUGGUACAGGAAUAGAUCCUUUAGAUUUACCUCUCCCAAGAACUCAAGACCAUGAAUGGUGCUUGUUUCAUGAAGAAUCACCAUUAAACAACUAUCUCCUGUCUCAUGAACAUUUCAUUCAACUUUUCAAUCAUACUGCUACAUUCAAGCGGGAAUCAGAUUACCCAAUUACUACUCAAGACAUUUUUGCAUUAGAGUAUCUCACAGAGCGUCAAGCAAUUGACAUCAAGGUUAAAAAUGAAAAACGUAAAUCAGAAGGAUUUGCUUCUUUAAUGUACACUCAAUCUCAUGAUGAUGUACCAUCAUUCCGUGAUUCUUAUGUGAAAGAGCUAAUGAAAUAUAUAGAUGUAGAUUCAUAUGGGACAUGCUUGCACAAUAAAGAUCUGCCGGAAAAUUUAACAAAUCCUGAGGAAUCAUUCCAAAAAGAUCAGUUCCUGGAUUUUAUAGCUGAAUAUAAAUUUCAUUUAUCAUUUGAAAAUGCUGUAUGUGAUGAUUAUAUGACUGAAAAAUUAAUGAGACCUCUACAUUUAGGCUCAGUUCCUAUUUAUUAUGGCUCAUCUAAGGCAAAAGAUUGGAUGCCAAAUAAUCAUUCUAUUAUAAUGGUUAAUGACUUCAACAGUCCCAAGGAGCUUGCAGAAUUUAUUAAAUAUUUAGAUGAAAACGAUGAAGAGUAUUUAAAAUAUUUAGAUUUUAAGAACCCAAAUGGCAUAACAAACACAUUAUUAAAGGAAACACUCCAAAACCGUGACUGGGGAUCACAUGAUCAUAAAUAUUAUUUUUACAACAUUGAAGAUAAAGUUGACUAUUAUCAAGGAUUUGAAUGUCAUGUUUGUCGUGAAAUUCAUAAACGAACAAAUGCUUUAAAGGAACAUGAAAAAGAUCCAUCUAGGUUUCCAAAGCCUCCACCUAAAAUGGCUGACAAUUCUCAUCUUGGAUGUCCAAAGCCAUUUUCACCAUUGUCAGGUCAUGAAAUACCUUCUUCACACUGGUCAUUUACAUAUGAAGAUACAAAGACAGUAGCUGAUGCAGUUGUAGAAAUGUUGCGUAGAGGAGAGGAAGACCCAUCUCUAACAUACAUGUACUAUACUCAACUAAAGAAGAAACAGAAACAGAAACAGAACUCUCAAAACACUGGAGAAUUGUGAUUUUACAUUCUGACAAAGUCACUGGAAUAUUUUGUUCAUUGGAUUUAUAACUCUGUAACCGAAAUACUUUUCCUUGAUCGUUUUGUAUAAAUGAAAGAGAUUGGUGUGAAAUGGCAACCCAAUAACAAUCAAUGAUAAUCAAAAGACUUCAAGAGGGCAACAAUAAACAAUUGUUUUUACAUUAUGCCAAUCUUUGAAUUGUCCUUGAUCUAAAAAAAGUUGUGAAUCUCAAAAUUUAACAAAUGUUUAACUUAUAAAUUUAUGGGCUGACAAUUUUUUUCAAUGAUUUGUGGAUAAAAAAAAUAUAUCAAUUUUCUGUAUUUACCAUAAUCCUUAUAAUUACAUAGUAGUAUGGAUACUCUUUUUGUAGCAAAGUAUACAUUUAUUUUAAAGAAAAGGUUGGUAACUUUUUGAUGAGCUCAGAUUCACAUAUACAAAGUUUCAUUACUGCUGGGAUGAGAAAAGAGAUUCAAUUUAUUAUAUCCUAAUAUGAUAUGCUCCGAAAAAACAGUUUUCAAAUUUAAACUGACCACAUUCUCAGUUGAUAAAAAAAUGUAAUGAGUAAAUCUAUUGAGUUAUCUCCCAUAUUACAGGAACAAAUGUAAUGAGUUAUCUCCCAUAUUACAGUAACUUGUUUGUUCUUAUAAAAGCAAUUAUGAUUAUGAAUUGUACAUUAGUUUCAAUAGAAUUACUAUAAUUCGUAAGUUAAAUGAACCUGUGUAUUACAAAAUUUUCAAAGUGCAAUAAUAUAAAAUCAGCAAAAAUGCUGAAUAAAAAAAUGUGCCAUUUUGUACAUGCCAAUAAUUUUUGUUGUUUCAUUGGAAUUUCAUAAAAUCCUUUGAAACAUAGAUUACCCACUUAUUUGUCUAUGUUGUUCUAGUGUUGAUUGUUUACAAAAAUUCCUUUACAUCCUUUUCAAUCAAAAACAGCCUGUAUAUAUUUAUUAAAGUCAAGCACACCUUGGAAGAGGUACAUUUGUACUAGAAAAGACCCAUAUUUGUAUUUAUUUGUGUCUUUAUUUAAAGACUUGUUUUAGGGAAAUCAGUGGCUAUAUCACAUUCAGUUAUCCCUAAACUUUUGUCAGGUACAGAACUAGCAGAUACAAAAGUAUAAGGUGAAAGGCUGUGGAUUUUCUGUCAAACUUCCAUGUUUAACAUUAAUGCAAAAAGGUACAUAAUCCUUAAAGAAUUGAUUGAAGUUUGUUUGUUUUUAUUUUGCAAUUUUAGGGACAAAACAACUAUUUAUCCUUCAGUAAACUUCCUUACUUCUUUGUUUUAAGCAACUGAUUACACAGUAUACCUAAAAUAUCAAACGAUUGUAAUUAUCUACCUUCAAAAUUUUUGUACAAUUGUACAAUGUGUCAGCAAAUUAUUUAUAACAAAUAUUUAUGCACCUUCACCUAAAGUACUUUAGUUUUUGAUAUAGCUUCAUAGCAUAAUCUGUUACUUAUAUUUUUUAUAAUGGAUUUUUAUAUUUCUAAAUAUUUUGUAUUGGGGCCAGCUGAAGCAUGCCUGUGUAUGUGUGACUUUCUCACUGUGUUGAGAACCCAUUGGUGGCUUUCUUCUGUUUUUUGUUGUCUCUUUUUAACAUUCCAACUUCCAAUUCUCAAUUUUAUUGAUGCACAUUUAUCUAAAGUCCUUUACUUUUUGAUAUACAUGUAGCUUCAUUUUCAUAUCUGCAACUCUGUAUAUUUAUUUACUGAUAUGAUAACUGUCAAUAUUUUUUGGAAGAGAUGGUUGAUACCAGUCCAAGUACCACAGUUCUCAUGGCAACAUGCUUUAUUUUGUUGCAAAUUAUCUCCCUUUAUGAUCUUU